AUUUAAAGGUGCUCUCCAACCAUUGGCUUAUGUCAGACAUGUACAACAGGUCGAACAAUUCACAACGACAGCUGGUGGUGAUUGCUUUUUAUACAUACAAAACAAAUCAGUGCCAGAGUAACUAAAUUGUUUUCAAUUGUUUAAAUACGAAAAUACAUAAUGACAAGCAAAGGCAAAGUUGGCAUUGUGGGCAGUGGCCUUAUUGGACGUUCGUGGUCGAUGUUAUUUGCCUCUGUUGGCUACCAAGUUUUCCUUUACGACAGCGUGUCGACACAAAUUGAAAAUGCAUUGAAGGAAACCGAAAAAGAACUGAAAAACUUGGAAUCCAAAGGUUUGCUACGUGGCAAGCUCAAUGCCACCCAACAGUGUGCACUAAUUUCAGGCACAACUGAUAUCAAGGAGAUGGUAAAAGACGCCAUUUUUAUACAGGAAUGUAUACCAGAACGUUUAGAAUGGAAACAAGCACUCUACAAGCAAUUGGAUGAAAUCGUAGAUGAGAAUACCAUAAUCUCCAGUUCGACGAGUACCUUCCUGCCAUCGUUGUUCUCCAAAGACCUCAAACAUCAAUCAAACAUAAUCGUCUCGCAUCCAGUUAAUCCACCUUACUAUGUACCUCUAGUAGAAGUGGUGCCCGCUCCAUGGACAAAGCCAGAGGUAGUGAAGAAGACGCGCGCCAUUAUGGAAGAAAUUGGACAGAAGCCCGUAGUACUCAGCCGGGAAAUUGAAGGAUUCGUACUAAACCGAAUUCAAUAUGCCAUUCUAAAUGAAACUUGGCGCUUAGUCGACAGCGGCAUCGUCGAUGUCAAGGACGUGGAUAGUGUAAUGUCGGAUGGUUUGGGUAUGCGUUAUGCGUUCUUGGGACCACUUGAAACUGCACACUUGAACGCCGAAGGUAUGACCAAUUACUUCGAACGCUACACCAAUACCAUGUACGCAGUCAGUCAAACCAUGGGUCCCACACCGAAAAUGGAAGGCCCAACAGCCGUGGAGAUUGCCAAACAGUUGGAGGCUAUGGUGCCAUUAGAUAAGCUGCAGGAGCGACGCAAUUAUCGCGACAAUUGUUUAACCCAGUUGAGCAUUCUAAAGAAGAAGCUAAAUGAAUAGAAGAAGCGUUGGAGGAACUAUAAUAAUAUAUAUUUAAAUAAAUGAGGUGGAAUUGUAAUUAAAAUUUUGCAAAUAUUUUAUAAUGAAAAAUAUAAAAUAAGCUUGCUGGUAUUUUGUAGUAACUCUGAUUACAUUUAUUUGACUUGUAAACUCAUUUAACAAUUUUAAUUUAAUUCAAUUUAAAUACACACAUUUUUAUGAAUGCAAAUUUAAUAGCUUAUAAAAGUGCUAUUUAAUAU